GUAAAAAAAAGGAAACCUCCCCCCUUGCGAAUGAGUAUUCCCUAAAAGCAGACAAUUCAAAUCAGACCAAUAAAAUGGUGGCGGUCCCGAUUCGAAAGCGAACCCUGGAUUACAGCCACAAAUUUCGAAAUCUCAUAAAAUUUUCCGACGAUGUGGCGCACUUUCUCGAGGAAUAUAACCAAAUCAUGCAGCAUCGGCACGUCUAUCGGCGAAAGUUUCCCCGGCACUUGAGGGAAAUCGAGAGCAAUUUGAGACUGCUGAUUUCAAAGUUUGAAACUUUGAGGGUGGGCGGUGCCCGAAAUCAACUGUUUCAAGAGCUGUUUUGUUGUGGGACUUUAUCUGAAACUCGGUAUGACUUAAGAGAGCACUACUUUCAAUAUCAUAACACGCCACGAUUGGUACAUCCCAAUAUCGUAGAGUUACGCUCCGGUCACGGAAAGUUGGAACACUUCCGGUCACGUCUCGGAGAGUACCUGGCCUACGGAACGGAAUACACGGCGGCGCUCAUGGUGAACCUGAAGAAACUUUGGAGAUGUGUCAGCAUCACGUUGAUGAUUGAUGAGCCAAUUCGGGAGCAUCACUUUAACAAAAUAGAUCGACAAAUUUAUCUUUGGAAGGAAGUCCAACAGAGGGAGAAGCAAGAUUAAUUGAGCUGUGCACACAAAUACAUGUUACGGGGGAAUAAAGAAACUUUUCAUUUUAUUAA